GGCCCAGUAUAGCAAAAUUCUCCUGAUUUCUAUCACUCACUGUAUUGCUGCCGCUCAAUGUUGCUCCAUUCUUUAGCGGAACACUCAGUCCAGUUUCUCCACUCUUCACUCCAUCUCACAGUCAGGAAGCACUACCUGAGAUGUUUCUCGCUUCUGAAUAACGUGCGUGAUGGUGAGUUUCUUCGGACUGUUUCUUCACCAGUGGACGGACUGCAAUCAGUUGGGCAUCCUCACAGAGUCGUAUGCAUCGUGUCACUCAGAACCCACUGGAUGGAACGCUGCCAUUUACUCAACUCAAUCAUACCGUCCUCAACCACACAUGAUACAAAUUUGUAGACCGAUCUCUUACGCCUAAAUUUCCAUCUUGUUCGUCUACUGACCAGCAAUGCGCUUACUGUAUUCUCUGGCGAGGCGUCCAGUUUCACUAUGACCCACUCGUCGCUUGGAGCUGCAAUCAGUAAUCCAUCAUGAAACUGACUUCGGUUUGCAUUGACCAACAGUGUUGACCUGAAUUUCG